AUGCCCUCCUCUCCCCUCCCUGUCGAGCGAUGGGAGGAUAUCAUCGACGCCCUCGCCGCCGCACACGAAUUCGAAUCCGUCGCCGUCUGCGCACGGCUCGCCUCGGUCCGCCACGCCCUCGAAUGCACCCCCCAGCUCCGCGGGCUCGUCGCUUCAGUGCACCUUCAUAUAUUGCCCGCCCCACGGCAAGACUCCGCCCUGUUUAACAGCGCGCCGGUGGUUCUCUUGCCGUACCUGCCGUGUGUGGAAAGCUGGAGAUUCGAGGCGUUCUGGGCCCCUUUCAGUAUGCCCAGGUUUCGAUGGUUCUCUCGCUUUUCUAUGGCCUGCUUCGGGCAGUACUCGUCCAUAAAGACUUUGGAUAUCAAGGAGGUGCAAUUGGCGACGCCUCUGCAUCUGCAUCGACUCGUGGCCUGCUUUCCCAAACUCCAGGUGCUCCGGUUGGCCGCCGUAAAGUUCGAACAGAUUGCAGAGGAGUUCCCCCUGCUGAGCUCAUGCAGGCUGAGCAUCGCGUCUCUCCGGGAGCUCAGGGAAGACCUACACGUAGGACAGCAACUACAGCCAUUGUAUCAGGCCAGUUCGACCACUCUUACACACCUGACGCUGCCCUGUUACCGGCUCAGAUCUCACAGUGAGGAUGCCUUCACUGUCUGCGGCCUUGUGGAAUACGAUUUUCAUCAUUAUCUGACAGACGUCGGCGAAAUGACGAGAUUACGGUAUCUUUCUCUCCGAUGUGACCGUCGGAAAACCGUGUUGAGCUCCUGUAUCGACGCCGUCGACAAUGUCAACACGCUCUUACGCCACGGCCUCCCUAGUUCUCUGCUUGCCUUCGAAGUUGUAUAUCCAGAGGCUUGUUGCCCCCCACAAGAGGGGUACGCUAACAUAUCCGCGUCUAGCCUGGCUGCACAACUGGCAGAAGAUCUAGGUCCUCUCCGAAAAAUAGGAGCAACAUGCAUAUUUGAAGAUGUAAAGGAGAACCACGUGGAAGGGUGCACUAGUGUGGUCCAACAAGCUUUUUUACCGCUUCAUUCAUUGAACCUUCUACGGGUUUUCCGCACGUUCACCUGUCAGUCUUUAGCUCCUCUACGGUGGUGGGUUGAGCUCACACAUUUUAUAGACCCGCCUGUCAAAGGGUUUCACGGGCACACUGGUUACGUGGAAAGACUUGUUCUCUCCCCCUCGGGAGCGUGGGCCGCAAGUGUUGCCAGAUGCAAUCCCUUCGGCUGGAGCUUCAACUUCAUCAUCUGGAACACCGAGUCACAAAAGCCGGCACUCCAGCAGUCGUACGAUGACUUCAGCGUUGACGUGUUCUCAGUGACGUUCGCACCUACGGAGACGCUGUGCGCGUGCACGACCCCCUCCAGCGAAGUAGAUAUCUUCAGGCUCCCUUCACGAAGCGAGGUGGCGGCGGGACAAAGAGUGCGCAAGGUCGGGUGCUUCAAGGUUGGGGACGACGACCACAUUGGUCACGCCUGGCGGCCGGACGGGACACAGCUGGUGGCGUUGACGAGGCUCGGGAGGCUCGAGGUCUGGGACACAGUCACCCUUACCCUCGUCCAGUCGUUUUCCAGUCCGAGCCACAUCUUACCUCAGGUGAUCCGCAUCCAGCACCACGCCAUGUACGACACCUCGUUCAUUAAGAUCUCCGACGAUGGCCACUUCGUCCUGCGCGUCAGCAUGUUGACCUUGAAGGAUGGCACAAACCGCCGGUGCAUCCUCGUCCACGACCUCGUCACUGGGGUCUGCCAUUCUCCAUUCUCCUCCCCGGACGCCCCCACCCCACGCUGGUUCACACCCGUCAUCCAAGCCGUCCUGCGGAGAGAUCCGGCUCGGCCACACGUUCAGCAAGUCGCGGUCGUUCGGGAAGACGCCCCCAUCGUCAUGCUCGCCGACGCCGCAACCGACUCUUCCCUCGGAGGUCCGGUGUCAUUGGUCCUCGACGUCGAGCCGACACAACCGAGUCGCAGAAUCCUCUUCGAUAUCUCGGCCCACGGCAACCGCGUCCUCCAUACGCACGGCACCACAGUCAGCACGACGUACUCGGUCUUCGACGUUGGAACCGGUCGCACGGUCGCCUCCGUCUCGUUCAAAAACGCUCUCCAGGGCAACCGCCGCGGGGUGCUGUCCCCCGAUGGCAGACAUGGAGUGCUGUUGGCGUUGUCUUACGUGAGGUAUAAGAUGUGGCUCUGGCACGUCGAUGAAGGGACUCUGCAUCGGAUCCAGGGGACGAUGGGUUGCCGGGAGUGGACCACGGCUUCGUUCUCCGGGGAUGGUGCGACGCUGGGGCUGGGAUAUCCUGAUGGGACUGUUUCGUUCCAUAACGUCCAGGACAUAGUUCGCGGACAAGCCUAUUGCUAG